CGAUCACACUCUCUACAUACCAAGCUAGCUCCCUUGCUUACACACCUCUCCCUUCCCUCAUCUUCUCUCUCUCGCCUCACCUGACCGCUAGGCUGCUAGCUGGAGCAAUCUAUAUGUGAAGAGAGAGCGCACACGCUCGAGGCCACCAGCUUGGAGGGCUUGUUGAUAUCUGAUCGAGGCAGCCAGCAGCUCCUGCCGAUCCAUCUCCAUGUCGGGCGCGAGGCAUGACCACGCCGGCGGCCACCACCAGCACCACCUCUCCGGGGACUUCCAGUUCCACGACGAGCUGGCGUCGCUAUUCGCGCAGCGGCCCGACGCGCCGACGCCGAUGAUGCAGCAGCCGUGGUUCACGGACUACCUGCACGCGAGCGCGCCGACGCCGCUGGACUACGACGCGUUCGCGGGGGACGACUUCGACGUGCCGGCCGUGGACGAGGACGUGAAGAGGGAGCUCGUGGUGGACACCACCGGCGCUGCUGCCGGCAGCGGGGGCGGGACGACGACGGCGCCGCUCACGCCGAACAGCAUGUCGAUGUCGUCGACGUCGAGCGAGGCCUGCGGCGCCGGCGCCGGAGCGGGCGAUGAGUCGGCCGGGAAGUGCAAGAAGGAGGAGGGGGAGGAGAGCAAGGACGGAUCGGCGGCGGCCAAGGGAGAUGGGGAAGGAGAAGAGAAGAACAAGAAAGGGGCGGCGAAGGGCAAGGGCAAGGGCGAGAAGCGGCCGCGGCAGCCGCGGUUCGCGUUCAUGACCAAGAGCGAGGUCGACCACCUCGAGGACGGCUACCGGUGGCGCAAAUACGGCCAGAAAGCCGUCAAGAACAGCCCAUUCCCGAGGAGCUACUACCGGUGCACGACGCAGAAGUGCCCGGUGAAGAAGCGGGUGGAGCGGUCGUUCCAGGACGCGGCGGUGGUGAUCACCACGUACGAGGGCAAGCACACGCACCCCAUCCCGGCCACGCUGCGCGGGAGCUCGCACCUCCUCGCCGCGCACCACCACGCGGACCUCCACCACCCGCACUUCCGGAUGCCGCCGCCGCCGACGGUGGCGCUCGGCGUCGGCGCGGGCGGCGGCCACGCCUUCAGGCCCGGCGGGGGCAGCGCCUUCGACGCGCUCGGCCUCCUCCAGCCGCAGCAGCUGCAGCAGGGGCACCACCACGCCGCGCAGCAGCUGGUGGUGAGCGGCGCGGGCGCCGCCGCCGUCUCCGGAUUGCAGCAGGCGAACGCCGCCAUGUCAAGCCACGCGCUGCCUGACCACCAGCAUGGGCUGGCUGCCAUUGUCGGUACGGCUGGUACUACCAUUGCCACCGCCACGACGGCGGCAGCUAGCGCUCCGCUCAGGAUGCAGCACUUCAUGGCGCAGGACUACGCUGGACUCUUGCAGGACAUGUUUCCAUCCUUCGUCCACAACAACGACGAUGGCGACAAUCACCACCACUGAUGACUGAGAGCUUCUCCUUUUUCUGAAACGAUUGAUGAUGACGAUGAUGUUGAUCGAGAGCUAGUGGUGUCUAAUAGAGAUUUGGUUGCUGUUAACUUUCUGGUUCUUGUAUCAUUGUAUGGUGAUAUGAUCUGAGGUAGUAGCUAGCAGUAGCAUCAGCAGUAGGACGGGCUCCAGUACUAGCAGAGGUUUGUUGUACAUGUACCUGAUUCUAAUGAGCCCAUCACGCUUUGCACGCA